AUGCACUGGUCAGGGCACACUGACGAUAAACUGGCUGAACUAUAUCCGCAUGGAAAUCAGCCAGGUGUCGAUCACGUACCGAUUUUAGCGGCUGCCACAAACAGACUUGCGUCCGACCCGGUCUGUCGAGGUGGUUCAUCUAGGCGAUCACGUCAAAGACAAGCUCAUUUUACUGCACACACGAACCCUCAGCCAAAUGAGAGUGGCGCCAAGGAGAACUUCCGGUCACCUGGUCUCAACAGACUGGCGGAUGCAAAUUACCCGCGGUACGACGCGGCCGACGCCGAUUUCAGUGCAGAAGAAGCAACCCCGGCCACAACUAGUUCACCGAUCACAGAAGACUAUGGCUGGCUCAUCCCCGUGCAUCGUAACCGACCAACGACAAAGACGUGUAUUAUACCUUCACAGUCUCAUAGUCGGUCUCCGUGCAUGGAUUACAAAACCAAACAAGCUUCAAUUCCCCAAGCCCGGAUACCAUCUACAUCGGGACACAGUCCAACUACCGCGUCUUCCAGUCAUCGAAUUUUGGAAAGGAAAGUGGUCAGUAAAGGACUAAUAGAUGACACGAAGAACUUAGACACCUGUAAUAAUGGUAGUGAUGGGACUCGAAUCCCCGAGGCGAUGUGA